AUGAAGCUCAUUACUUGCAUACCGUUUGCGGCCUUUCUGACGCUCGUUGCUGCUGAGCGGGCGCUAUUGAACUUUCCACAGCACAUACGGCCACGGCAGUAUGCGCCGCCACCGCCUUACUCCCCCACUUAUCCUACUUCGAUCAACAGUGCUACUAGCAUCUCACUGUCUACUGGUAUUCCUCCAGUUUCGACACCCUCUUCGUCAGCAAACUCCACAGCACCAGGGCCCUCCACAAUUGUCUACACCAGCGUCGUGGUCAUUACAUCGGUAGUUGUCCCAACGACAUCCCGAACUUCAUCUGGAAACUCUACAUCCACAGAGGCUACAGCAAGUAGUUGGGGUAGUAGCUCUUCGUCUGUGAGCAUCUCUCUCUCAACUGGACCUCAUUCUUCCGGAUCCGGAUACUACCCAUCUUUACCACCGUACCCGACUUCCGCGCCUUACGGUAACAGCACCGGUACAGCUUCGUCUACUUGGGGCACAGGUACCGCAACAGUGUCCUCGAUACCGCCGUUGACCUCCACAGCUAGUGUCAACUCGACAGGUUCGCAAAGCUCCUAUAUCCCAAGAUCUUCAACGACAAGCACCAAUGUUACUGUCAUUACCUCAGUCAUCGCUUCCACUACUGUCAUCACUAUUUCCCCUCCACAUCCUUCGAAUGGAACGGUGACCCAAACAAACACAGAGCCUACAGCGACAUCCAGUGGUGAUGGGACUACUUCUGGGAUUACUACGUCGUCCGGCUACUAUAUUCCACCUGGAAACGCUACCAACAGCGCCAGCAGUCCGACUGAAACAGAUACCGUGUACUCGUCGACCAUCAAUAUCUCGACCAUCUCCUGGAUCACCUUUACCUCAGUAGAGUCAUACACCACGACUGAGACACCUACGUCAACCACCGACGAUUCAGUACCAUCGUCGACUUCAGAUUCAUCUAGAAGAUCAAGAACCACCCGGAGUCGCACCAGCACACGUGAUUGGUCUCGAACUCAUACUAUGUCCAGGCAUUCUACAACUAAUUCUGCCUCAUACACGCCUACUUCUUCCAAAGAGUCGUCAACGGCAUCAUACACUCCGAGUUCUUCUGGAGAGACGCUUAGUCCAUCUAGUGCGGAGUCUUAUACACCAUCGUACACAGCAUCUUCUACAGAUGAUACCAGCAGUGUACCUAGUGCGUCCAAGACUUACUCUGCUUCAUCUACGUUGUCGCAAUCGUAUAGCUAUUCGUUUAGCUCGAUCGUUACAGACACAUUCUCGCCCACCCCAUCGGAUACCACAACUUAUCCGGGGCCAACGCCGACAACGGAAAGCUUCUCGUACUGGACGACCUUGUCGUCAUCAAGCGAUUUGGCCAGUGAAUCUGAGACCCCUUCGUACACAUGGCCGAUCAGAUCAAGCACUACGUUGGUGCUUCCUUCUGAGACAUCAUCAGAAGCGUUGAGCAGUGAAUCUGGUACCAUCGAGACUCCUUCUGCCACUUCGUCACCUUCUAGCAGCGCGAGCAGCUCAGAGACACUUCAGGAGCCAAGCACGUAUACGUCUACCGGAACGGAGUACACGUCCUUCACCUCCUCAAUCUCAGCAUCCGAGAGCUUUUCCAGCUCAACUUCUAUCAUAGUCAGCUCUACCAGUACUGAUGCCACCGCUACCUCUUUCCCAGUCGGGUCUUCUACCUCAGGCUAUUCCUACUGGACUCCGCCCAUUAGCUCAGCAACCAACACGGAUGCUACCGCUACUUCUUUCCCGGUGGACUCCAGUACCGACUUCACGAGCUUGACUGGUAGUCUCACUCAGACGACCUUUGAGACGAGCGUAAGUUCGACCAAGAGCGGUUACGCACUACCGCCUGUAGAGACGUACGAAGGGCAGGGUGACAAGGUGAAGAGGGGCAUGGUAAGAUUCUAUGAUGUUGAUUGA